CAUGUGAACCCGGGAACAAGAGACUGGCCGUUGAAUGAGCACAUCUGACAUCCCUAAAGGGACCCUGGAUGCUGCGAGACACAGACGCGCCGAGCACCAGCGCCGAUCCUCCAACAUCCGAGAGCGGAAACGCAAUGAAGUAGGUCAUUCACGCAUAGAUACGCAUGCAUGCACCCCCUCCCCAACCCCUCCAUCUCUCUCUCUCUCACACACACACUGUACAUCACUGAUGACUGAACACACACACACCAGCUCCUCGCUCCUCGUGCUCCGGCGGCUUCCUUCAGGAGCACACAAAGAAAGAAAACACAAAGAAAACGGACUGUUCUUUUUCCACAUGAGUGCAGGAUGUAGAGCAGCGCACUGUGGGCUUUGUUUAACAGAGCUGGAGUGCUGAGCAAACUCAAUUUUUGGUCAAAGAACAUCAUGCUUUUUUGGAAGCUCAGCGGACGAGGGAUGAAUUUCUAGCCGGGUUGGGAUCCGGACGCGGCGUUUGGAUGCAGGAACAUGAGGGCGAGAGACAGCAGGGCACCAGCAGUGCCCAGGUGGGGGUUCUCCCAGCGGGACGGGGCAGCGGGACGGGCGGCGCUCCGGUCGAGGACAUGCAGGCGCUGUCAAUCACGUCUCUCUCCGCCUCUGAGCUGGAACAGCAGUAUGAGCUGAUCGGUCCUUUGGGGAAGGGCACCUACGGCAAAGUCGACUUGGUGGUGCACCGGACGCAGGGUACUAAACUGGCUCUGAAGUACGUGAGUAAGAACAAGACGAAGUUGCGUAGUUUUCUGCGUGAGUACAGCCUGACGGCCGCGCUGGGCUGCAGCCCGUUCAUCAUCAAAGUUUUGAACGUCCUGUUUGAGACGGAGGACAGCUAUGUGUUCGGACAGGAGUACGCGCCCGCGGGAGAUCUGUUCGACAUCAUCCCACCUCAGGCCGGUUUGCCGGAGGAGAUGGUCAAGCGCUGUGUUCAGCAGCUGGGUUUGGCUCUGGACUUCAUGCACAGCAAGAGUCUCGUCCAUCGGGACGUGAAGCCAGAAAACGUUCUGCUUUUCGACCGCGAGUGCCGACGCGUGAAAUUGGCAGAUUUGGGAAUGACACGGCGGACCAGCCGGAUCAAGCGGAUCAGCGGCACCAUCCCGUACACCGCCGCCGAGGUGUGCCAGGCCUCGGUUUCGGAGGGAAUCGUCGUGGCGACGACCCAGGAUGUGUGGGCAUUCGGAGUUCUGCUGUUCUGCAUGCUGACGGGAAACUUUCCGUGGGAAGCGGCGUUACCUAGCGACGCAUUCUUUUCGGAAUUUCAACGCUGGCAGCGGGGGGCGUUCCCUCCCGGCGUCGUUCCCUCCCAGUGGCGACGGUUUUCGGACGAUGCGCUGCGCAUGUUUGGUCGUCUGUUGGCGUUGGAGCCCGAGCGACGCUGUGGGGUUAAAGAGGUGUUCUACUUCCUAAAAUACGACCUGCUGAAUCAUCACCGCCGCAGAGCUUCCUGUAGGGCGUCUAGGGGCGGUUCCGCACGUUGCUCCGCCCACAGACAUGCAGAGCCCUCUCCGCCUUCAGGCACUUCCUGUCUACGCCCCACCCCCCUCAAACGUAGCAUCCUGUCCGAACCACAUUCUUCUAGAGAAGAGUCCUCCAAAAGCCCAUCGCCCAACCGUCAAGACAAGAGCAAAGUGAUGAUGACCACUCCUAUUGAGAUUUGUGUAUGAAGCAAAAACUGGAUAUAGCAUUAAAAAAAGGUAGCAAUAUUACUUCACUAUUGGGAAAAUGUUUGCGCAGGAACAACAACGUAUCAAAGAACUGGCAUAAAUGUAGAAAUAGCAAACUAUUACAUGGUGACUAAUUUAAAGUAAAAGACGUAGCUUUGGUAGGUCACUUUAGCUCUAGAAAUUAAUCAGUUUCAAUAGGAAAAGGUAUUGAAUUAAUAAAAACUGCUUUCAUUUUAAAGGAAUAGUUCACUCCAAAAAGAAAUCGUUUACCUUGUGUCAUUCCAAACCCAUAUAAUUUUCUUCUUCCAUGGAAUGUUAAUAAAGAAAUACUCCGCGAUGCUCCACUAUGGAUCAUGAAAUGACAUAAAAGUACCAUAUUUUGAGUCUUCUAAAGCCAUAUGAUAGAUUUAUGUGAGGCAAUUUAUGUGACCAUAAAAUUGCAAAAAUGUACUUGUAGGAGUACAGCUGAUGGGUCAGUACACUUAAAGGGACAACUUUGUACCUUAUUUAUGCCUAAAAGGUGCAUAUUAGCAACCUUUAUGGGUAAAUUAGGUAAUAAAUACCCCUAAAAGUACAUUUUCUGCACAUUUUUUCAAAGUUGAAGAUGCAUUGCAUCUGGUCAUUGAUAUCAGUUCUAAAGCAGUUAAAGUUAAAAGUUUGCAUACACCUUGAAGAAACUGCAAAUGUGAAACAUUUUACCAAAAUAUGAGGGAUCGCAUGAUAUUUUUUAUUUAGUACUGACCUGAAUUAGAUAUUUCACAUAAAAGACAUGUACAUAUAGUCUGCAAGAGAAAAUAAUAGUUGAAUUUAUAAAAAUGACCCCGUUCAAAAGUUUACAUACACUUGAUUCUUAAUACUGUGUUAUUACCUGAAUGAUCCACAGCUGUGUGUGUGUUUUUUUUAGUGUUAUUGUUGUUCAUGAGUUUCUUGUUUGUCCUGAAACCUAAAACUUCAGAAAACUCAUUCAGGUCCCAAAAAUUCUUUGGUUUUUCAGAAUUGUUGUGCAUUUGAACCCUUUCCAACAAUGACUGUAUGAUUUGAGAUCCAUCUUUUCACGCUAAGGAGAACUGAGGGACUCAUAUGCAACUAUUACAGAAGGUUUAAAUACUCACUGAUGCUCCAGAAGGAAAAACGAUGCAUUAAGGGGGGUGAAAACUUUUGGAAUUUGAACUUAUUUUGUCUUCUGAGGACCAUGUAAGUAUCUUCUGUAGCUUCUAGCGUUUGAACCUUCUGUAAUAUUUUCUCUUGUGGACUAUAUGUAAAUGUCUUUUAUGUGAAAUAUCUUACUCAGGUUAGUACUAAAUAAAAAAUAACAUGCAUUUUGUAUGAUCCCUCUUAUUUUGGUAAAAUAAUUAACAUUUUGCAGAUUCUAAACCUUUGACUCUAACUGUAUAUCUCAAUGUGUUGUAUUUGAAUUGAAUAAUAUUUGAUAGAUACUGCAAAAGGGAAACAUUUUCAACACAAUUUUUGGAGUCACAUAGGCUACUUUUAUGUCCUUUUUUGUCCUUCUUGGAGCAAGUGUUAUUUUAGUAUCAUUGAUAUACUAUUAUAGGUUUUGUUGAUAUUGUGAAUAAGAUUUUAUUUUUAUAUUUUCUGGUUUUGAUUUUAAUUGUUGUUAAUGUUUUAGUGAUUUUGUGUUUUUUUUUAAUAUGCCUAUAUAGUUUUUAUUAGGUUUUAGUUUUAAGUUUAAGUUUAUUUAGUUUUAGUUAUUUUAGCACUUCAAAAUAAACUAAAUGAAAAUGUGAAUUGUUGCUUUGGCAACUAGCUAAAAUAUAUUUUUAGAAAUAAAAUGAUUUAUUUAUGGUUUUAGAUAAUGAUGAUAAGCUUGCGUGGAGCUUGUUUAAUGAAAUGAGUUAUUUGGGAAUUACAUGAUGGAGAAAAUAAUGUUGGGUGAACUAAACCUUUAAUGUAAAGAGGCUUCUAGGACUGCACGAUUAAUCAAAAUAAAACCAUAAUCGCAUUAUGGCAUAAUUUCAAUGGCUAGUAGGCUAAUAGAUUUUUUAUUAAAUACUUGAUUUUAUUUUACAGUAAAAUAUCAUUAUUAUUAAUACAUUUACAUAUUUUGUUCCAUAUUUUUUUAUUUAGUAAUAGUGGUAAUAGUGCAAAAAAUGAUAAUUAUGUUGACGUAUAACAAUAUUUUUGGCCAAAUUUUGCAGUCCAAUCAUAUCACAAUUUUUAUCAGAAAAAUUGCAGUUGGAUUUUUCCCCCUAAAUCGUGCAGCCCUAAUGGCUUCCUUAUAAGCACUUGACUUUUCUACAGUGCACUGAAACUAAAAAUGUGAAGAUACUUUAUGGAUCAUCAUGUGACUUUAAAACCAGCCUAUGACUGAAUCAUACAUGUUCACCAAUAGAAGAAUAAGAUAUUUUUUAUACUGGAUUUUUUUAAGUUUUACGAAACGACGAAUGCCACGAUGACCCGGAGACUGCCUGGAUGAACUUCCCAAGAGACAGAGGACAUUUUAAUCAAGUCUUCAAAGCUUCCUCUCCUGAGUUUUUAAGAGUCUCCAUAGAUCACAGGGAUUUUAUUAUGUCUCUUUGUAUUUGAUGUGUGCAUUCGAACACCUUUCUAUGAGAUCUUUGAAGAAACGCAUCAGGAGCUGCUCGUUUUCCUGGGAGGUUUUAGAUAAACAGUCGUGAUUAUGAUGGCUCGACUGAGACCAGUCUUCUGUGUUCUCGUAUAAUGGGUCAAUUAGGUAAGCGAAGCCUCAAGGGAUCGUUGGAGAACAUGAGAGCAUCUGCUCCCUAGAACAUUGUGACUGUGUUUCGUCAGGUAGUGCUAAUUUGUAGCUUCUUUUGUAUCGGAGAACAAACGACCAAUUAACUAACUUCUACAGAGACUCUUUUUAGUCUUAAAUUAAAGUGUAUGUUUACAUAGGACGCAUUAGAUAUUGAUUUAGGUGGUAUAGAGCAGUAAAAGUCUUAAUGUCUGAGGUACUUAUGUUGCAAAUGAGCACAACUAUUCAAAAACAAACUCAAGGACAGAUGAAAAGAAAAAUAAAGAGUUCUGUGUUGUAAGUACAAACGAGACAAUAACAAUCAUAAAACAGCUUAAUGGGGUUGGAUUUGUCCCUUUUUUUAAAGGACUGUUUUAAUGGUUGUUCAAACAACCUUGGAAUAUCAACCUACAAUAGAUGGUGUUUUCUAUUCAAAAUAAAAAAACAGUAAAUAUAUAUAAACUAGAUGUUAUUUAGCUGAUGUAAGGAUUGUCAUACAGUCGUAGAUUGUUCUGAAUGAUAAACAGCUAAUUAAACAGAUUAAAUGCACAUCAAAUUGUUUUAUAUGUUUCUUAUUUGUCAUGUGGCGAUUUGCAGUUUAAACUGUUGUUGCAAACUGUUGUGUUAAUUGUUUUCGUUAAGGCAUUUUCGAGUAUGUCCAACUCUAAACAACAUGAAUUGAAGCUAAAUUAUGGCUUUACCAAUGAAAACUGUUUAAAUUUAGCUCAUCAGGUACGUCUGCGGUAGGCCGAGUUCCCGUGGUUCAGUUUGGCAGCCAUGUGAGCUCAUUUAUUACACCUCCAACCAUUUAUCCACUUCAGAUAGCAUGCCAUCACAAUGUCAAACUGUUUAAACAUAACAGCUUCAUUAAGUUUUGUACCUGAGUGGAUUUAUAGUGGAAAUUAUUUAUGGUAUAUGGAUCCCCUGUCUUACCUGAAUUGUCUAUUAUCUUUAAUCUGCAUCCUUUAGUCUGAAUGAAGUGAUGGUGUAAUAAACAUCAGUCAAAGACAAGAGAAAACAGAAGAUUACGUAAGUGUAGCAAAUGGUUUUCAUAAUUAGUUAUAUUUUGAGGCUUUCUAUUAUGCAGUGUUACAGACAAUGUAGCAUAUUUACAGUGUAUAGCAUUAAUGAGAUUAUGGAAAUAUUCACAACAUUACAGUUCGUAAUGUGAAUUUAGAUAUUGUAAAAAUGUACAAGUUUACAGAGAGGUAAAGUAAAAUGUUACAGUAUUAAAAUUAUGAAAGGUAAAUAU